GCGCACGCGCAAGUAACGUUCGCUGUAUAGCGCCUGCCACCGUACCAUUGUACCUGUGGAACGGAUCAAGCGUAAAUCCGCGAAGUUUGAAAAUCGAAAAAGUGUGUUCCAUUUUUGUUUUGUUUGUGAAUUUUUGUGCUACGUGCAAAAAAGGUGAGCUACGAUCCUAAGUCCGGCUGCAUUAAUUGUGGCAAUGAACAGGUGACAAACAAAGAAAACAGAACAAAGGAGUUGAAAAAUUAAACCUUACGGCGACUAAAAUUCAAAGAUGGAGGAACAGAAACAGCCUGCCUCACCGAUACGUGAUGUCGCUGAUGCAUACAGCUCUAAGGUCGACUUGGCGUGUAAUGGCUCCCGAGAGGAUCUGGACCCCUACGUUCCAGCAGAACACAGGCCGAUCACUUCGAGCACAUCGAGUUUUGGGGCUCUAGCCCAUCUGCUGAAGGCGUCUUUAGGCUCAGGAGUAUUGGCCAUGCCUCUAGCUUUCAAGAAUGCUGGGCUGGUGGUUGGAUGCUUUGGAACAUUCAUUAUAGGAUUCAUAUGCGCACAUGUCGUACAUGUACUGGUUAAAACUUCGCAGCAGCUAUGUACCGAAAUGAAGAAACCAGCGUUGGGCUACGCAGAAACGUGUGAUCUCGUAUUCCAAAAUGGACCAAAACCAGUAAGAAAAUUUGCACCAUUUGCAAGGGAAUUGGCAGAUUGGGCUUUGGCAUUCACUCAUUUAGGUGCUUGUUGCGUUUACACUGUUGUUGUUGCGGAGUCCUUUAAACAGAUAUCGGAUGUAUACGGUGGUCCUGUAUGGUCAGUGAAAAUAUACUGCGCUCUGACACUAGUCAUCCUAAUCCCCUUGUGUCAGAUCACCAAGCUCAAAUACCUGGUGCCGUUUUCCGCAAUAGCCAACGUUGUCUGGCUGGUUUCCAUCUGCAUCAGCAUAUAUUAUUGCUUGAGAGACCCGCCGAAUGUCUCUGAGAGGAACCUGGCUACGUCUAUAUCGGGAAUACCUACUUUCAUAAGCACUUGUCUGUUCGCAAUGGAAGGCAUCGGUGUGGUGAUGCCCAUCGAGAACGAGAUGAGCAAGCCGCACCAGUUCCUGGGCUGCCCCGGGGUGCUGAACAUCGCCAUGUCGGCUGUGGCGGUGUUGUACGCGUUCGUCGGCUUCACCGGCUACCUCAGCUUCGGUGAAGGCGUUAGAGGCAGUUUGACACUGAAUCUACCGCAAGAAGAAAUCUUAGCUCAAACGGCCAAAGUCCUGGUGGCGAGUGUGAUGAUCCUGUCUUAUGCUCUGGUGUAUUACGUGCCAGUGGAUGUAGUAUGGAGACGAGUCCAAGACAAGAUUCCCGCCAGACACCAUCGAUGGAGCAUGGGACUAAUACGACUCAGUGGCGUGCUUUUGACAGUCGGUAUAGCGACAGCAGUGCCACGCCUCGAGCUGUUCAUGGAAUUGGUCGGCGCUGUGUGCCUCUCGGUGAUGGGUCUCUUGCUGCCCGCGGUCACUGAAACUGUCUGGAGAUGGGGAAAGGACCUUGGACCUUAUCACUGGAUUCUAAUAAAGAACGUCCUCAUCUGUGUCUUCUCCAUAGUAGCGAUGGUAUCAGGCGUAGCGUAUGCCGUCAUGUCCAUGAUAAACAAACUGUGAUUAAAACUUUAAGUUAACCCGUUAGUCGUAAGUUUCAGUAUUAAGACAGGUCGACCAAUCAGCCAGUAUGCCAUUUACAC